AUGGAGAGCUCCUUGGCGUUGGCCAACAUGACCCGAGUGAAAGAGUUCAUCCUGUUGGGUUUGUCCACCAGACCAGAGAUAAGAGAUGUCCUGUUUGCCGUCUUCCUGAGCCUCUACCUGUUGACCCUCUUGGAGAACGCUCUCAUCAUCUACCUCAUCUGCAGUCACAGUGAGCUCCACAAGCCCAUGUACUUCUUCCUGGGCAACCUGAGCUGCCUGGAGAUGUGCUACGUGUCGGUGACCAUGCCCAGCUUACUCGUGGGGCUGUGGACGGGGCCCUACCACAUUUCCUUCACAGCCUGCAUGACCCAGCUCUUCUUCUUCAUUGUCCUCAUCUGCACUGAGUGCACCCUCCUGGCCUCCAUGGCCUAUGACCGCUACGUGGCCAUCUGCCGCCCCCUCCACUACCCACUGCUCAUGAGACCCCAGGUCUGCCUGGCCUUGGCUUUGUCAUCAUGGCUUGGGGGUCUUGUGGUCUCUGUGGCCAAGACCACGUGCAUUGCUAGUCUUUCCUACUGUGGCCCCAAUGUCCUCAACCAGUUUUUCUGUGAUGUUUCCCCUUUGCUCAACCUGUCCUGCACCCAUGUGGCCCUGACAGAGCUGGUGGACUUCAUCUCUGCCAUUGUCAUCUUCUGCGGGACCCUGCUGGUGGCCUUGGCCUCCUACUCAGCCAUUGGAGUGACCGUGCUGCGCAUGCCGUCAGCUGCCGCCCGCCGUAAAGCGUUCUCCACCUGCGCCUCCCACCUGGUGGUCGUGGGCAUCUUCUACUCAGCUGCCCUCUUCAUCUAUUGCCGUCCCAGCCGCAUCAAGUCCAUGGACCUCAACAAGGUGCUGUCCGUCAUCUACACCGUGGUCACGCCUAUGUGCAACCCGAUUAUCUACUGCCUCCGGAACAAGGAGGUCCAUGCAGUGCUGAAAAAAGCUGUCCACUUGCCUUGA